AGUGGCAGCCGGCAGCGGCCUAAUCGAGGCAGAGGCCGGCCGCCGGGUCCGUCCCCGUGCGGGCGUCCGGCGACCGGCCGGCUUGUGAUAGCGCCGACCGUCGGGCCGUGCCGUCUGUGCCGCCGGCUGUGCUGUGCCCCCGGGCUGUGCUGUGCCGCGGACCUGCAGACAGUCCCCAGUAUCAACCGCCGACCGAAGACCACAACCACAGCCCUCCCCCCCCCCCCGCCGGAUGGUCUCUGCAACAACAGACAGCGGCCGCCGAGUCUGCCGAGACACGCCGGAACAUCCGCCUCAGCCGGGCAGAGAGAGAGAGAGGAAAUCGGAAGGAAUGUGUCGGCAGAGCGCACGGGUGGAGUGAGCUCCGGGAGUCAGCCCGCUCAGAGUGCAGAUAGUAGUUUCAAUUAAGUUCGAGCGUUUGAUAGUGUGACUGAUUCGUUAGAUAGCGUCUGACACUGGCUGGAGUUGAGCGCUGUAAACCAGGUGCAGCUGCAUUGCAGUGGCGGGGCUUUCCAACAUCCGGCCGUUUCUCUAGAUGCCCAUGUGAACUGAUGGCUGAACACAUAAGUACCUACUACCUAUCACAUGCGGAGUUUGUCAAUUAUUAGGAAUUUUAUAUAAAAUGUAAUUUAUUUCAAUGUUUAUCUUAGUAGGUAAGUGGAGAGACUCAAACACCGCUUCUCUAAGCAAAUACGCUAGUUGUCGAAUUUUGAUGGGUUUUGGUGUGUGGCUUCAACUAUAUCUAUUACGUAAGCACAUUAGCCAACAUCUACCUAAUGCAUGUUAACGAUACACCGAUGAAACACAAACACACUGUUCGAGCUACGAACACCCACGAUCUACUGAACAUAUGCACGUUCUGGUAUUGAUCCGCAAAGGCGCUGCAUUAUUCAGACCAGCUGUUGCAUGCACAUGCUGCGCAACAAUCGCGGGCAUUGAUCACCCGCCUAUUCCUCAUACAGCGCCCCGCUGUUCGAGCCAACUCCAUGACCAAUGGCCACGUGUGGUGACCGCUGCAGGCUGCUGCGUCCACCAAGGCGCUCCAUGACAAAAUAGCAGCUGACAGAUCCACCGUAACUCAGUCCCGGUCUGUUUUUCGGAGCCGUGACGCCGUCCUAUACUACAGAGGGGUGUGCGUUAACUCCCCCCCUCCCGACCCCCCGUCCAGCGUGCGAGGCGCACGUUCCUCAGUCUUUCUGACGUCACUCGGGCGGGGGCGGGGCGGGGGCGGUGGGCGGCGAGGGCGCCGCGGACCUCAGUCUGCGCGUCGCGGCCGGGCGGUGAACGCUGGGUCAGUGUCGGGUCAGGUUAUCGGUUACGGAGUGUGACAGUGGCGGCUCAGUGAUCAUCUCUGUACUGUCAUUGGUAUAACUGGAGUGUGCAUAACUGGUGGAGGAUAGGCCUGCACCAGUAUAUCACGGAGUUCAGCCUGUGUGUCAGUGUCACUCCUAGCGAGGCCAGCUGCAGGAUCGGACGGUGUCACUGACACUGCAGCCACAGUGAGCUGGAGGCAGCGACCCGCCGCUGAUACUGACCGGUGUCGAGACGUGCUGGUGAGCCGUGCUAAAGCAUCAACAGAUUCUCCCACCUCUGUCCUGCACAAGCCAGACAAGAGGUUUCUCACCUGGACGCUUUCUUGAGCUGGCGGCGCCGGUCGGAUGGCGUUCAACUGGAGCUCGGAGGUGCCGGGGACGCCGGGUCCUGAUCUGCUGACGGCGGGCUGGCCGGUCGGCGCGGGGUCGGACCGUCUGCCGGGCUGGUCGGCCGAUUCGGUCCACCUGGCCAACUGGUCGCUGGCGGCCGCCCGGCUGGGGCCGCCGCCCACCGAGCAUCCGGCCACGGAGCUGGAGACGCGGCUCAGCCUCACCUACACGCUCUGCGAGAUCCUGGUGGGCAUCGUGGCAGCCGUCGGCAACAGCCUGGUGUGCAUCGUGUUCGUGACCGACCGGCGGUUGCGCAAGCAGACCAACUACUACAUUUUGUCGCUGGCACUCUCCGAUCUCCUGGUCGGGGUGCUGGGAGUACCGGUGGCGGUGCUGGCCAGCGUGGGCCUGCCGCGCGCCCUCGGCGCCUGCCUGGUCAGCAUCUCGGUACUACUCAUCCUGUGCACCACCAGCAUCCUGAACCUGCUGGCCGUGUCGGUGGACCGAUUCUGGGCCAUCCUCUAUCCGAUGCAGUACGCGCGCAUCAUGACGUCACAGCUAGUCACAGGUAUUAUAAUCGGCUGCUGGGUGCUGGGAGCCGUGGUCGGACUGCUCCCAGUUAUGGGCUGGAACGCCGGCCCCUACCCGUCCUGUCUCUUCACACGAGUCAUGGACUACGACUACCUCGUGUUCCUCUACUUCGCCACCAUCGUCUUCCCCGGCCUCGUGAUGGCCGUAUUCUACAUCCGCAUCUACAUAGUCGUCGUCAAACAGGUACGCAGCAUGUCGUUUUUCUCCCACCUACCGGAGAGCGCCCGGGAGAGCAGCUGCUACCGUAACUGCGCCGGCGGCCAGGUGGCUCGCAAGGAGGUCAAGGCAGCCAAAAACCUCUCCAUCAUCGUGCUGUUCUUCAUGGUCUGCUGGUUCCCGCUCUACACCAUCAACUGCAUCAACGCGUUCUGUCCGGACUGUAACAUCCCGCUGCAGCUGACCAACUUCACCAUCAUCUUGUCGCACGCCAACUCGGCCCUGAACCCGCUGCUGUACGCCUACAACCUCAAGGACUUCCGCCGGGCCAUGUACAGUUUAGUGUGCGUCCGACUGCUGGGCUGCACCGCCGCCGAGCCGGCCGACUGGCUGCGCGCCAAAAUUGUCGCCGAACAGGAGGCGCUCCGUCUGCACCGGCAGAGGGCGGGCCGCACGCGCACUCAGUCGGCACCGCUGCCGCGGCCUGUUGAGCUGCUACAGCCACCGCCAGCCGGAUACGACCGACAGCUGCCGCUCAACCCUGCCCUGCUGACGGCGAGACCGGCUGGCCGGCCGCCGACACUAGCGACAUCUGAACAUACAGACCGGCGUGUGGCAGCGCCACCUUUGGGCCGAGAGGCGGCGCUGCUGUCGGCGCCGGCCGUACCGCGGCGGAGGGCACGGUCCGCCGGGGAGGUGGCGAGACCGGCUCGUUCCUACCGCUGGCCGCUCGACCAAGGCUCCAUGCGGCAGCGACCGCGCAGCCGCCUGCGCUUCAAGAGCUCUGACAGCUAACGGGUGCGCUGUAUGUAGCGGUGGUGGCUCGCUAGACCUGGCUGGCCCAGGACAGUGAUCUGUGAACUGUUCGGUAGAACCGGCCAUGGCCAGCCUGUGAGCUGACUUACGUGUUUCAAUGCUCCAGAUGGGUCAAUAGCGAGGUGGGGACAGCAAUAUCAUAAACUGAACUCGGAGUGACAUGAUCAAUAGCAAAUCCAAGCGCACAAAUGUGAGAAUCAGAGAUCUGGUUGACCCUCGUGCCGGCACAUCAGAUGUGAGGUCGCUUUUUUGUGAGUCUUUGAAUAUAUCUCAGGCAUAAACAUCGAUAUAAAUGCAUCCCUAGUCAAUGAAGUAUUGCCACUAUACGACACACGAUAUACGAUAGUGAUGCCUGCUGUCAGGCAAGAGAACGAGACAUAUUCGCUUCAAACAAAGUUGAAGUGUGUUGUUUGAUUUCAUUCCACUUUGUUCAGGUUCUCUAAGUAUUCCGUUUAAAGGUAGGUGAUAGCAAGCAUGGCGUAGAAAUAAUGAUUAGAGCUGACAUUAGGCACAUAGCAGUGGCCAGUGAGAUUUGUAACUGACAUGGUGUCAAUAUUUGUGUUUUUAGUGUUGCACUAGGGUUACCCGCGUGCUCCGCAACGCGAAGAAGGGUUAUUUUUGACCCGUGGGUAUUGGGUUGGUCUGUGUCGGUUUGGUUGGUAUCCAUUUCGUUCGAUUGCUUUUUGACGGCCAAGCAUUUUGUAAUAAAACAAAAAGAUACAUCGCAUCGAGGUGCCCGUAUCGUAUUAUCAUGCGUUCUACUUAAGAAUGAUUCGAAAACUGGCGUGAAGUCUUUUGAGGGCCAUCGAUGAUUUUCGGUAAAAAUGGCUAUGUAGUGGUUUGAAACAUUUGCAUUUUUUAGAAUAUUGUUGCUUGUCAUGCAAAAAUGUUGGGUGUAUCUUGGACAAAAUUGAAUGCUCUUUCAAACGGUACCAGUUUCAAUUGCGAAAC